AAAUGGAGACGGAUGUGUCCGAGGUCGGCAACGCCUUUUCAGUAGAAGACAUGACUCUGGACCCAGACCUGAAUGACCCUGACAACUAUGGCGUCCCAGACCCCGGGCUGCUCGAAGAACGUGGUGAGCCGGCCUGGCCCUCACCCAGGCGCCAUGUCAGCCGGAUCCCAAAGCGCCUCGGGCAGCCCCGCACCCACCGGGCCCUCCGGGCUGGGGCCCGGGCCGCACGUGGCGAGCUGUCGUUCACGAAGCUGGUCCCGAAGCUUUUCCUGAGGAGCUCCUGGCGGAGAGGCACGGCCCCCAGCGCCCGCGCCCGCGCCCGCCUGCUGUGGCUGCUGCUGCGGAGAAGCCUCCGAAACGUCGUGGAAAAGGAGAAGCGGUCCGAGCUGCGCGUGGCUCGCCUGACGCACGGACUGGAGCCGCUGCGCCGCCUGGAGGUGGCGGCCGGGCUGCGCUCGGUGGCGCAGGACCCCGCGGGGAGACGCUUUGUGGUGCUGGACGGGGCGGGCUGCCUGCACCUGCACCGAGAGGACGGCUGGGCUCUCGGGACGCUGCCGGCCCCCGUGGCACUCACGGGGCUGGUGGCUGUGCGGGGCCCGCUGGGCUCCAUGAGCCGCUUCGUGGGCUGGGGCCCCGCAGGGCUGGCCAUCCUAAAGCCAGACCUCAGCCUGCUGUGGCUGAGUGAGCCGAGAGCGGGUCGGCCGCCCCGCCGCGAGCCCAUCUGCUGCCUGCCGGUGCCGGACCUGCGCCUGCUGCUGGUAGCGGAGGCGGGCGGAGGCCUGGCGCUCUGGAAGUUCCGUUUAGAGGGUCGCUGCCUGUUGCCUUGCGGGCCCUCGCUGCAGCCCCAGUUAAGCUGCGCUGGUGCCCUCACGCGCCUGGCUCUGGGGCCCCUGACUCCCAACUACAUCCCUCGCUGCUUCGCGGCCUAUGGCUCGGCUGUGCUCACCUUCGAUCUGCGCACCUGGACUGUCACAGACGUGCGCCAGGAUCUCCACAAAACCACCAUCUCUGACCUGGCGUACUGCGGGGAGAUGGAGGCCAUGGUGACAGCUUCCCGAGACAGCACAGUGAAGGUGUGGGGGGCCGACUGGCAGAUCCGGAUGGUGUUCGUGGGCCACACAGGCCCGGUGACAGCUAUGGCCGUGCUCCCCAACACGACCCUGGUGCUGUCCGCCUCUGGGGAUGGGACGCUCCGCACGUGGGACCUGCAGGCGGUGGCUCAGGUGGGCGAAGUGAUGCUGAGCUACUGGGGCCAGAGCACGCGGUCAGAGAGCGUGAACCAGCUGCUGGCGCCCGCCAGCCCCGGCUGGCCGGUGCUCUCCGUGCGCGCGGGCAGCGUGGAGCUGUGGUGCCUGCGCGAGCUAUACUCACCGUUGGCGCAGCUCUCCGCACCCAUCCUGCACCUGCAGGUGGCGCCCGAGCUGCCCCUGUCCCCAUACCUGCCCGCUCGCCUCGUGUGCGCCUGCACCGAUGGCUCCGUCUACCUGGUGAACCCCGAGACGGGGCGCACAGUGAGCGCGCUGCUGCUCGGGCCUGAGGACUGCGCCGCCGCCGUGGCCUACUGCCUGCCGCGCGAGGUGCUGUGGCUGCUGACGCGCGCCGGGCACCUGGUGCGGGCCAACGCGGCGUGCAGCCCCAUGCGCCUGCUGCUCCGCAAGAGCCCGCUGCCGCGCCCGGCGCCCCGGCCCUGCUGCCUGCACCUCUACAGCCACCUCACUGACCCAAGGAGCGCGUUCUCCAGCUGGGAGACGGUGCGCCAGCACAAAGGUGAGGUGGGCCACAGCGACAUCCGAACCUGGAAGGAGAAGAACAGGUACCUGCCCCUGGUGGGGCACACGGACGGCACCUUGUCAGUGCUCAGCUGGCACACACUGGAGCCCGUCUUCCACACAGAGGCGCACAGCCCGGGUCCGGUCACUGCCAUCGCAUCGACCUGGAACAGCGUCGUGUCCUCCGGCGGGGACUUGACAGUGAAGAUGUGGCGUAUGUUCCCCUACUCGGAAGAGAGCCUGAGCCCACUACGCACCUUCUCCUGCUGCCACCCCGCCCUGGCGCUGUGCGCGCUCCGGAAGAACAUUAUGGUGGCCUUCGAGGAUCCCGACAGCGCCACCUACGGGCUGGUGCAGUUUGGCCUGCGCAGCAGCCAGCGCUAUGACCACCGGCCCCAGGACGACCACUUGGACCACAUCACUGGCCUGUGCUGCUGCCCCACACUCAAGCUGUACGCCUCCUCCAGCCUGGACUGCACCAUGCGGAUCUGGACCACAGAGAACCGCCUCCUGCGACUCCUGCAGCUGAAUGGAGCGCCUCAGGCUCUGACCUUCUCCAGCAACAAUGGGGACCUGGUGCUAGCCCUGGGCUCCCGCCUCUGCCUGGUAUCCCACAGGCUCUACCUGCCCACAACCUACCUGGUUAAGAAGCUGUGCCAGAAGCCCCCCGAUGGGUUCGAUGACCUCCCCCUGCCGCUGACCACCCAGGAGUCGCUGACUUCAGUCCAGCUGCAGAGGCUGGCCAGCCUGCAUGGGGUGGCCAGCCUCAGUUCAGCCAGCAGGCCUGCUGAGCCAACCUGGAGACUCCCACCCAGCUGCCCUGGCUCAAGGUCUGGCUGUGUGCCCCCAGUGUCCCAGCACGAAGUCCCGGGGCUCCCAGGCCCCUGGGGCCACCUCAAGCCUGUCCCAGCCCUGGCACCCCCCCCCCCCCGCCUCCUGUGCCCCCUCAGGGGCCUGGCCACCCUCCUGAAUGACUGUCCCGGCCUCAGUCCAGUCCCGCUUAGUGUACCUCCUAUCAUCUCUGUCUGCAGCUCGGCCUUGUCUUUCAUCCGCCACUGGACGGCAGUACCUCAGCAGCCACUCUUGAAGGAGGACCUGGAACCCUUAUUAGCCCGGGACCAAGACCUUCAACAGCUGAGACGGGGGCAAGUGGUACCAGCAGCCCCGGCCCCGCUCUCCUGGAAGCAGCAGCUGGAGGCCUUUGACAACUACUUGUAUCUGGUCUACGGCCCAGCCCUGCUGGGCAUGCAUCCCAGGACAGAGUCCCAGCAGUGGACCAGCAUGGCCAUCACAGUGGAGAAGAACGGGGAUGUGUCCACCCUGCCGGGUGUCACCCCCAGUCUGGCGAAGGCCGGGGUCUGCACUCACUCUCCCAAAAUGCUGCCUCCACGGGACCGGGGGGCCCUGAGCCGGCGCUUCCCCCACCCUCCCCGAGUCACCCUGCCCAUCCCACGCACCCACCAGCGGGAACACAGCAGGGCAUCCCAGCUGCUGGCCCACUCCUCCCUGAGCUCCCUCCUGGGUCUCAGCAUGGACCUGCAGCUGCAGUCGGAGCAGCUCCGACAGGAGACGCCUGCAGCCCCAGAAGCACCGUCUUCCCACCUGAAGCACAGGGUCCCGCUGCUGCUGGAAAGGCGGCCCCAAGAGCUCCUCUCCGACCUCGGGGGCUUCUUUCCCGCCUCUGUUCAGCACUACAAGAACCUGCAGAGACCCAUCCGCUUCCCAGGCUGGGUCCCCAACUCCGUGGCGCUGCAGCAGAUGUGGCUGCCCCAGGAGGUCAGCGGCCUGGGGCACCUCCCUCAGCUGACCGCCAGAGACUCCUCCAAGGCAAGGGGCGGGGCUGGCGCUCGCCCUUGGCUAGUGGUGCUGUCCCCUCUGCAGCCAGCGGGCAGCCAGGAGGACCUGUGGCUGUUGCGGGGCAGACAGCCCCACACCAGGAGCCAGAUCCAGUGGUCGGAUGAGGGGGAUGAGGACCUGGACCUGGACCUGGACCUGGAGCUGGACUGGACCUUGGACUAUCCCCUCUCAUCUCCGGAGCUCUCCCAGGAACUGCUGACGUCGGCAGUGACGCAGGGGCGGGCCCCCAGCAGGGCUGCAGUGAGUAGAGUAGAGAGGGAAGCGAUGCCUUCAGUGGUCACCACGGCCCUCCACGCCACCACCACCAUCCAGAAAUAUGAGUCCUUGGCCAAGAGACGCAUCCGGGAGACCACUGCCAGGACAGAGACCUUUUUACGCCGCCACCAGCACCGCCUCGGGCACUCGCUCUGGGAACUGCGCUACGGGCACCUGCCCAGGUUCCUGCGUUUCUUUGUCAUCCAGAACUGGUUCAAAAAGCUCUUCCCCAUCUUCACCCUGGAGGCGUACCCCGAGGUGGGCACGGUGGACGGCCUGGCCUCGCGGCUCAUGGACCUCCUGAAGGAGGCCUCCUGGGAGGACCGUGUGCACAUCCUGCGGGCGCUGCUGAGGCUGCUGCCUGAGAUAAGCAAAACCCUCUACAAGAAGCUGCAGGAGACCCUCAAGUACCUGCUCAACCUGGACGAGCCCCCCAACCUCCAGGAAAAGACCCAGAGGCAGUUCGUGAUGCUGGCUCUGCAGCUGCAGCUGGCCUGCUCCCUGGAAUCCCGUGAGGUGGUGCUGGAGCUCAUGUCCUACCUCCUCUACUCGCCGGCCUCCUGCAGGCCUGAGCUCAAGAAGCUGCUGGAAGGGCUGGGCCUCCAGGACCCGGAGGGCUUCCUGUUCAGGGAGAUGAUGACCUGGGUGCAGGACAUGGACCUGCACUGCAAGGCCGUGCUGCGCCGCUGCUGUUCCCAGAAGCUGGAGGAGAUGACCCACCUCCUGCAGGUGGGAGGGGGACGGGACCUGCCAGUGGAACCUCUUGCCUUGCCCAGGGCUUUCCCCAGGUGCAGGGAGAGCAGGGGAGGCUGGGAGGCCUUGCCUUGCUCUAGAUCAGCGGUUCUCAACCUGUGGGUCGUGACCCCUUUGGGGGUUGAACGACCCUUUCACAGGGGUCGCCUAAGACCAUCGGAAAACACGUACAUAAUCACAUAUUGUUUUUGUGAUGCUGUAUUAAAGGGUCGCGGCGUUAGGAAGGUGGAGAACCGCUGCUCUAGAUCCACGGCACCUGUCCUCCUAGUCCCGCCUCUCUCGGGAUCUUCCUGCUUCUUCCUGGGAGGGAGUCUGCAGCGGGGUCCAGCUGGGGUCCAGGAGCAGCACCCCGAUUCGGCCUCCUGCCCCCACCCCCUCCCCUCUCCCCCGCAGGUAGAAGCCUUGCAGCCGUCAGUUGCCAGGUUGUCAGAGGUGCUGCCCAAGGUCUCUGAGACUGUGCUGUCGCCCAUCUCCUCGGGGCCCUCGGUGCACUCCACGCUCUCCACCGUCUCCUGGACACCCUUGCAGCCGGGCUUGCCCAGAGACCUGGAUCCCCAGGUCCAGCAGCUGGUCUCGCACUUCCCCGUCUACCACAGCCACCGCACGCUCUCCGAGAGCCUGAUGCCCUUCUCCUCCGUGCCCGACAUCCACGUGCGCUCCUCGGCGCCCGAUGCGAUGCCUGACCACCCACUGCCGCUGGAGCAGACAGACUGGUCGCGGUCAAAGAUGCUGGACCUGGGGCCGAUUGACGCACUCAACUUCUUCUGCAAGCAGCGGAGGAGCUGCCUGCAGGAGGUGGCCGGGGACCAGAGGCUGCACGCGCUGCCGCCCAACGCCGUGGUGCCACAGCCCCGCGAUCACCUGCUUGACCCCAUUCUCAGGCUCCAGGAGAUCAAGCUCCAGGGAUCUGCAAUGAGACUGAGGGGCCAGAUGCUGGCCCGGCACGGUGAGGGCCGGACCCUCGAUGGCUCCAUCCGGACGCUGAAGCUGCCGCUGCCUCGGGUGGAGCUGCGGCCUUUCCCCGUGGACUGGCCCAGGCCUGCCCGCCCGCUGCCGCCCCUGCUCCUGCAGCCAGCCCUGCAGCGCUACUUCCUGCCGGACCUUGCAGACCCGGACUUCUACCGCUGACCCGCUGGCGACCUCGGCCAGACCCUGGUCCCAGCCCCACCUGCCCUCCAGCAGGGGUUCAGGACACAGCUCUCCACCCGCUGUCCACCCCUGGCCAAGACUGGGGACUGGAAUAAAGUCCAGCCAGCAAA